GGCAUGCAUUUCGGCGCGCCAAAUUGGACUUUAUUUUACACACACAAGAGCACCAUCCCGGAGUAAUACUCGUACUGUACUAGCAGGAACAUGGCAGCCUAACAGCACUAGUCUUUCCAACCCGUAAUAGUUGUAUUGCUGUACGUGUCGCUCACUUCCAAAGGCGGCCGUCGUAGUUGAACGUGACGUUAUUCAAGCGUUAUUCACGUGUGUUUACAGUCGGUGGAGCGCGCGGCGCUGGAGCCCUUCGUGUUUCCAUACGUCACAGUUUAAGGUCAGUGUCUGUGGGGAAAACGUCACUAGUGUUUGCAUUGUGUGUUUUGUGGUCCGCACACACUGGAACACGCAAUAAGUGUCACGGGCGAAGGAAGUGGUGCGUUUGGCUAAAGCUAGCCGAAGCUAAUAACGAACCCCUGUAACAGCUGAUCUGCGUUGACGGCACUGAGCGCUUCCAGCAUCUCCGUUCAGUGUUUUACAUCGAGAAAAGUACCGCAGACGGGUGUGGCACAGCUCUGAGCGGUGGGUGGAGGAUGAGCAGCGCAGACCCCCACCCAUCGGACCUCUUUGACAAGCUAUGGGGGCAGCUCCGGGAGACCCAUCGGGAGGCUCUUCAAGAUGCUGAGGACAAAGUGAGCAAGUUGAAGACGGCCCGCUAUCUAGAUGCCGAGAGUCUCGAGGCGUUUCACUUUCGUACCCAGCAGCUCAAAGAGGAAAAUAAAACCCUGCAGGAAACCGUCAGUCGCCUGGAAGAAAGGCUCGGCACCGGAGAGUGUGACCGAUGUGCCGUUUUAGAGGAGAACCUGAGAAACAACCAGGACCAGAAUGUGCGCCUCGUCGCCAAACUGAAGAACGAGAGAGAGCGCCUCGAGGAUGAAAACCGAAAGCUUCACGCUGAACUGCAAAAAAUCAAGAUAUCUCGCUUCGAGCCCCAGCAGGCCUCAACCUCGGAACCAGAAGAAGGCAUCAUCCCGGACUCGCCCAUCCUGAUGAGCUCGCUGCCUGUUCCCAACAAACUGAAGAAACGGAAAGACGUGGACAAAGGGAAGCACGUUCGAUAUGCAGAGAUGCCUCUGCCGUGCAAGUCGCUCUUCAGCGCACCGGAUACGCAGCCCGUUGACGCUACAAAGAGUCCUGGAAGACCACAAGUGCUUGUUCCUGACACAUGUGUACUGGACUCAUCCCAAGUCUUGAACGACGUAAAUCCGAACCAGGAAGAAGCGAUAGCAGAAACCUGCGGCCUUGAACUCCGUGACAAGCCUUACGUGAAAACAACUGCAGGCCAGCAAAGAAGUUUAAAGUCUUCCUGGAAGCACGACUUUUGUUUAAAACCAUACCACUUAUCCCCUCCCCCUUCGGCGCUGUCCCACAGUGCAGCCACGCCCACAGAAAAGUCUCCAUCGCUUCUCCAUAGGGUCAAAAGGUUCUCAGAGGAUGGAUCCAACAACAAAGCAAAACGGAAGAAGGAGGAAAGUGAACCAGAGAUGCAAGAGGACGACAAACAGGGGGUCCGGGGAGGGGCGGACAAACCGAACGAAGGCCGAAAAAUGCAACCAGAACUGCUGAAACGAAGCUCCACACCUUCAGCCAGUCCACUUUCGAAGGAGUGCCUGGUGAACGGCAGGGAUCAGUCUGCACAAAACCGGAGUCUGAGCCAAAGGCCAAAUGUCUGUCCUGUUUUCAAGAAGCCAAAUGUGAAGGCAAUAUCCAUCGAGGGCUUUUUUAGGAGUAAGGCAAAUCCCCAGGAGGAUCCGAAUGCCUCACGUGAGCAACAGAAAGGAAAAGAUGCUGGAUGGAGGCCCAAAGUGGAGCCCGCGUGGAGUAUUGACCCGGCGCUCGGCCCGUCCAUGUACGACAGCGAGUGGAGAGGCGACGAGAUGAAGGAAGAAGAAGAAGAAGAUGAUGAAGAGUGCCAUGGAGAACUGUUGGAUUCUGAUCGCACUUGGGUCAGUCACAGCCUGCUGCCGCGCCGGGGAGAAGCAGCCCGGGACCGAAGGGACAAUGUGUCUGGACUAGGAGAGAAGGCCAACGACAGUUUGGAUCUGAUGUUCGACACGACGGCUCACGGGGAAUACCAGUCCUGCAGCGAUUCCCACCUGGACCACAGCCAGCCUGGUGAGGACGACGAGGACGAUGGAGGAGAGGAGGACAACGAUGAACAACAACCUCAAGAAAAAACUAUGAGCGACGGUCACGGGCACAAAGCAGGACGUCCAACGUUUGCACACAUGGCCGUGGUUCGCAAGAAAGACGAGAGAAGAAAACUAAAGGGCACCACCUGCAAGGAAUGUGAACUUUACUACGCCCAUCUCACAGAGGAGGAGAGGCAGGUGAAGCUUUCUGCAUGCUCGAGGCACCGGUUUCUAUAUAUUCCUCCAAGUACUCCAGAAAACUUCUGGGAGGUUGGAUUCCCCUCAACGCAGACCUGCAUAGAAAGAGGUUAUGUCAAAGAAGAGGAGAAACCUCAGGCGCGUACUCGGAGGAGACAACCAUUCAACGCUUUAUUCUCCCAGAAGAACCAGCAGCAGAGCUAAGCAGCACUGGAGGAACUGGUUGAACAGGCUCGUUACUGUUGGAACCACUGAUGUCCUUUAUGUUUGACAGGUGUGUCCUUGGAUGAAUAAAAAUAACCCUCCUAUGGAGUCUUUCCAGCAAAA